GAUAUCAGUUUAAUCGGAGAGGGAACGACGGGUUCCCCCCUCUUCAUCGCGUACGAACUCCGUCGCCGCCCGCAGCGAUUCCUCCUCCUCCCUCUGUUGAUCGUUGCUGGUGGAAUCGAGGAUGCAGAUCGAAGUACCCAAUAUAAAGAAAUGGAACGUGAUAUACCCGGUGUACAUCAACUCAAAGAAGACGGUCACCGAGGGCCGCAGGGUCGGUGCGACGAAGGCAUGCGAGAAUCCCACUUGCAUUGAGAUCGGUGACUGCUGUAGUUAUCUCAAGAUUCCAUUUGCCAUCGAGUUAGACAAGGCAUAUUCUCGGGACUUCAUGCAGAGAGGGAGGGUCAGAGUCCUGCUGAAAAGAGAAGAUGGGUCUCUCUGUAACACCGACAUUGGUUCAAAAAAGCAACUGAUGCUGAGGGUGGCGGAGUUAAUUCCGAAGCACCAUGGAAGGACUAAAAAGCAGGAGCCUGCGAACACUUCUACUGCAACAGUAGGACCUUCAAAAUCCGGAAAGGGAGGAAAGAAGAAAAGAUGAUCGUAUGCCAAUUACAGACGCAUCGCCUCUAGAAAGUUUGUCAUAAUGUCGGAAGAAUAUAAAAUUACCUCUGAAGCUAACUUUGGAGUGACAGAAAUCUUCGGUAACAUGACUUUGUCCACAUAUUCAUCCCGUUGCACUUUUGACUUUCAUCUUUUAUCUUUUUCCUGUCAUAUUAGAUUUUACUCAGAAUAUUUAGUGUAGUUGUUGUCGGCCCUUUUGAUUGCUUAACUCGUACCAAUUUAUGAACAA